GGGCGGGUCAUGUGACUGCUAGAAGGAAGUGAGUUUGGCAGCUGCUGUCAGCACAAUACUAUGUCUACAGAUUGCUUUGCUGUAUCGUAUGGAUAGAAGAGGUCCAGGAGAAGAUCUUCACCCUGAAGGCAGAAGUAGAGAUCAGGAUUGGUUCUUUUGGUCAUACAGAAGCAAGAGUGGAGGUUAAAGCUGCGGCAUAACAAAAGGCGAGAAGAUGGAUGAACGUACCAACUUAAUGAACAUGAUGAAGAUCAGCAUAAAAGUGCUGAUCCAGUCUGCUCUUAAUCUAGGUCGGAGUGUGGAUUCUGAAUACCCACCAUUACAACAAUUUUUUUGCAUAAUGGAACAUUGCUUGAAGCAUGGAUUAAAAGUUAAGAAGAGCUUUAUUGGACAACAUAAAUCGUUCUUUGGUCCGCUGGAACUGGUGGAAAAACUUUGCCCUGAAUCAUCUGAUAUUUUUGCAAACAUAAAAAAUCUUCCUGAAAUAAAGACAGCUGUUGGACGGGGAAGAGCUUGGUUACAUCUUUCGUUAAUGCAAAAAAAGUUAUCAGAUUACUUGCAAAUACUGAUAGAUCACAAGGAUUUACUAAGUGACUUUUAUGAACCCGAAGCAUUAAUGUUGGGGGAAGAAGGAGCUGUGAUUGUUGGUCUUCUUGUUGGGCUCAACAUGAUCGAUGCAAAUUUAUGCCUUAAAGGAGAGGAUUUGGAUUCUCAGGUUGGAAUCAUUGACUUUUCUUUCUAUCUUAAGGAUAUACAGCUAAAUGAUGAUAAUGACAGCAAAGCAGAUGAAAUCGCAAAUGUAUUGGAUCAAAAACACUAUGUGGAAGAGCUAAACCGACACUUAAGCUGUACAGUUGCAGACCUUCAGUCAAAGAUUGAGAUCCUGGAGAAGACAAAUGCCAAGAUAACUGAGGAGCUCAUUGCAGCAAAAGAUCGUAUUGUAUCGCUUCAGAGUGAACAUAACCAGUUAUUAGAAGAGAGCCUACUUAUUAAGGAAAAAAGUGAACGAAGUGUUGAGGUAAGCCUUCAGGAUACAAAAGUUGAAUUGGAAACUUAUAGACAGUCACGUCAAGGACUGGAUGAAAUGUACAAUGAAAUUUGGAGGCAACUGAAAGCUGAAAAACAAGCCCGACUGGAACAAGAAAAAGAACUCGAACUUCAGCUUGCAAUAAAGAUAGAAAUGGAAAUGGCCAUGAAACUGCUUGAAAAAGAUAUCCAUGAAAAACAAGAUACUCUAAUAGUUCUACGGAGACAGUUGGAUGAUGUCAAAUCUAUUAAUCUUCAAACGUGCCAAAAAGUCAAAGAAGCAGAAACUACAUUGCACAAGAAGAAUGAUAAUGUAGUUUCGCUAAAAUCUAAAUUAGAUCAAAUGGAAUCCGAAACAAAGCUGAUGGAAGAAAGAUUUAAAAAAUCAGAAAAAGCAAGACAAACAGCUGAGGAAAACUGCGUUAAAAUCAAAAAGGAGUUUGAUGCUAAAAAUGAAUCCUUACAACAGCAGCUUCAGAAACUGGACAGUCGCUGUUCCAGUUUAGGGAAUGAACUGCAAUUGGAAAAAGAGCAGCAUGAAUCACUUCAAACAGAGCUUCAAAAAGAGAAAACCCUCAACCAGUCACUACGAAAUGAAUUGCUACAGUUUUCACAGUUAAAAAAGGACUUUGAUAAGCUACAUUUCGAGAAAAAACAAGUGCAGAAGCUGUGCGAUGAACAGGAACAGGCACUACAAGAAAUGGGCCUCCAUCUAAGCCAGUCAAAAUUAAAGAUGGAAGACAUCAAAGAGGUUAACAAAGCUCUUAAGGGUCAUACAUGGCUGAAGGAUGAUGAAGCAUCAGGUUGUAAGCAAUGUAAAAAAGAAUUUUCCAUUUCAAGACGAAAGCAUCAUUGUCGAAACUGUGGAGAUAUCUUUUGCAAUACAUGCUCAAGUAAUGAACUUUCACUGCCAUCAUACCCGAAGCCUGUACGUGUGUGUGACAUCUGCCAUAACUUACUGCUGCAGAGAUGUUCCUCAAAUUGUUCUUGAUCUCAAAUUCUUUUUUUAUGAAACUACAGAAGAAAAGGAAGUCUGUUUUCUACAAGUUCUUCUAUUUACUUGUUAGAAAUAUUAUCUAAAUGUAUAUUUUUCUGGUACUGCCUUCAUAAGAAAAAUCAAAUGCCAUACUAGCAAGCAAUCAAUGACAAAGCCAUUACAGCCUAUUUUGUGUAUGUCAAUAAUAUAACUCUAAUAUCUCACAUUUUCUGUACCUUGCGUUGCACAGUUUUGCAAUGAGAUUGAAACUAAACCUACAUUUGUAACACGUGUCAAGAAAUGUGCCUUUGUGGAUUUUCAGCUUUUUAAAAAUAUGCAGAUCAUAUUUGAUAUAAUUCAUCCUUUGAUACCAGAAAUAAAACAAUAUAUAUAAAUUUC